AUGGACGGCCUGCUCCUGGAUACAGAAGAUCUCUACACGCUCUGCGUGAACCUCGUCCUGGACAAGUACGGACGGCCGCCGCUGCCGUGGUCCGUCAAGGCCAAACUCCAAGGCCGCCCAGGUCCCGACGCGGCCAGGAUCUUCUCCGACUGGGCCCGGCUGCCCAUCACCCACGACGAGUACACGGCCCAGCUCCUGGUGUUCCAGAAGCAACUGUUUCCCACGACCAAGCCGCUGCCCGGCGUGGUGGACUUGCUCAGCAAGCUCGUGCAACCGGACGCGGCACGCGUCCACAUUGCUCUGGCGACGAGUUCCCACAGGUCCAGCUACGAGCUCAAGACCGCCCACCUCGAGGACGUGCUGUCCAUGUUCCCGGAAAACCGCCGCGUGCUCGGCGACGACGCUCGCCUGCAGCCGGGGAGGGGCAAGCCACUGCCCGACAUUUUCUUGCUGGCCCUCAAGACCAUCAACGACUCCCUCCCGGCCGGCGAGAAGCCAAUCGCGCCCGAGGAGUGCCUCGUGUUCGAGGACUCUGUGCCAGGCGUCGAGGCCGGCCGACGCGCGGGAAUGAGAGUGAUUUGGGUCCCGCACAAGAAGCUCAAGGAAGAAGUGGCCGGCAGGGAGGCGGAGAUUCUGGCCGGCCGCACCGGAGAGGCCGGAGACGUGGAAAUGCACCAGGUGGGCGAGAUUGGGGACGGCUGGGCCGAGGAACUGGCCACCUUGGAGGCAUUCCCGCUCAAGAAGUACGGCAUUGCUGUUCCUUGUUGA